CCCCGCCCCGCGCCCCCGCCUCGCGCCCCGCCCGCGCCCCCCGCCCCGCGCCCCGCGCCCCCCGCUCCCCACCCCGCGCCCCCUCCCCGCCCCGCGCCCCCUCCCCACCCCGCGCCCCCGCCCCCGCCCCCUCCCCGCCCCGCGCCCCCGCCUCGCGCCCCGCCCGCGCCCCCCGCCCCGCGCCCCCCGCUCCCCGCCCCGCGCCCCCUCCCCGCCCCCCUUCCCACCCCGCCCGCGCCCCCCUCCCCCGCCCCGCGCCCCCUCCCCGCCCCGCGCCCCCGCCUCGCGCCCCGCCCGCGCCCCCCGCCCCGCGCCCCCCGCUCCCCGCCCCGCGCCCCCUCCCCGCCCCCCUUCCCACCCCGCCCGCGCCCCCCUCCCCCGCCGCCCCCUCCCCGCCCCGCGCCCCCUCCCCCGCCGCCCCCUCCCCGCCCCGCGCCCCCUCCCCCGCCGCCCCCUCCCCGCCCCGCGCCCCCUCCCCGGCCGCGCCCCCUCCCCGCCCCCUUCCCACCCCGCCCGCGCCCCCCUCCCGCCCCCUUCCCACCCCGCCCGCGCCCCCCUCCCGCCCCCUUC